AAAUCCAGGUAAGUGCAUGUUUAUCUUUGAUGGUUACGUACCUAAAUAUUUUUUUAGCAAUUUUGAAUGGCAAACAAACAGUACCAUGGACAUAACAGAGUAUACUGUUUUGCCCAUGAUACCCCCCAUGUGUUGCCAUUCCUGAGGACUCAGGUGUUAUUCCUCUGUACCCAGUAAAUUCACUGCCAUAUCCCAACCUUUAAACCGAAACACAGACAUGCAAACACAACUGCUUCACGAUUGAAACACGAAUGCCACAGAGGUGCCCAAGCAAACGACUUUUGUACCGUCAGCUUAUUUGCCAUUCUAAGUUGCAUAAAAAAAAAAACAUUUAAAAAUAACUGAAACUUUUUUUAUUAUUAUUAUUGAAAGGCAUGCUUUUUACAGGUAGUAAAACCUGUGACACUGCGACCUUUCAUGAUCUUUUAUCUUCUAAAACUCUGUUAAGAGACUCUGUUAAAAAUAACCUUAAAUCAACAUUCACGUUUAUUACUUAUUUUUUAUUACACUCAUUACAUUGAGAAGAUAAAUGUGAAGCUGCAGUUAUAAAAUAAAUUAUGUAAACAUAAUAAAUAUUAUAUAAUAAAUCUUGUUGUAUGUAAUUAUAUUUAUACAAUAUAAUUUAAUACAAUAAUACAAAUCCAUCGUUGACAUCAAUUGACAUAUUUAUACUAGAGAAACCUUGCAAACAUAGUUCUAUGUGUAUUUAUACACAGGUACAGGUAUAAAUAUUUACAGAUUAUCCUUUUCUUAUAUUACUAUGCAUAUGGUCUUGGCAUAAAAAGGGAUACCCCUUCUUUUCCCGUGGGUGUUUUAAGAGGCAAUUAAAGGAACUUAUUGGUCGAGGGAUAGGCAACAAGUGUCCCUCUUAAAUCAUUACCAAAAUUUACCUCUUAAAAAUUACCAAAGGGAGACUUUGUAAAAAAGUCGAUUGCUUGGGUACCUCUGUCCCAUUCGUGUUUCAACCGUGAAGCAGCUGUGUUUGCAUGGCUGUGUUUUGGUUUGAAGGGUGGGAUAUGGAGUGAAUUUGAUGGGGGUAUCAUGGGCGAAACAGUAUACUCUGUUAUGUCCAUAGUACAGCUCAUGUCUAUAGGCGACUGUUACCAUUUUCCAUUAUGUGGACCGUCAGCUUGUUUGCCAUUCUAAGUUGUAUAAAAAAAAAUUAACUGCGGUUACUAACCUACCUGCCAAGUAUAGCAACUACUGGCUAAAUUCUACUCUAUGGGGGAGGCCUAUGUUCAGCAGUGAUCAUUUAAAGGCUGAUGUGAUGAUGAUGACAAUCCAUUUCUUAUAUUGUCAUAUGGUCCUGGGAUAGAACAGAACACCCCUUCCUUUCCCGUAGGUGUUGAAGAGGUGAUUAAGGGAGCUUAAUAGCCGCGGAAUAGACAACAGCGUCCCUCUUAAAACAUCACCAAAGUUGAACUGCGAUUCCCAACCUGUCUUUUAUUUGUAACUUAGAAUGGCAAACAAGCUGACGGGCCACCUGAUGAAAAGAGGUAACCGUUGCCUAUAGAAAUGAGCAGUACCAUGGACAUAACAGAGUAUACUGUUUCGACCACGAUACCCCCCAUGCGUAGCCAUUCGUGAGGAUUCAGGUGUAAUUCCCCUGUACCCUGUAAAUUCACAGCCAAUUCUGCCAAUGCCUCCUUAUAUUGGAAGUCUAUAUCCAGCAGUGGACAGUUAAUGGAUCAUAUUAAUAAUAAUAAAAUAUAUUUAACAUUACAGGAAAGCAAACUGUAACAGCACAAUGGUGUAUGUUGCAACAAGGCAGCCCAACCUCGUAGGCAAUUUUCCAUUUAUCGGGAACAUGCCAAAAGCUAUUCUAAUUUAUUUUGUAACAACAUUUUUUCAAUCUCUGCUUUAUAUAGAGAUUCUUUUAAUCUGGAUUAAUAGUCAAAUGAUUGAUAUACAAUUAAUUUCAUCACACACGGUCGGAGUACUUUUAUGGACAUUGAAGGGAAUGAUAAUUGAAUCAGCUUUGUGUGUAUCAUCGAAUAUGCUUUACCAAAGUAUAACUGCUUGCCAGAUAUCUAUGUGCUCUGGUGUUAGAAAAUCCCAAACCGUACAACAAUUCACAAAAAACAUAUUAAGGACUCGAAGGGUUAAUUUCAGCAAAAUCAGUGCAUUCGGUAUCUUCAAUGUGGAUGCAGCAUUGCCACUACGCAUGGGCGCAUUGAUAACUACAUAUACAAUUGUAUUGUUACAAUUUGCUUUCUUAUGAACAAACGUUCAUACCUUUUUUAUUUGCAGAAUAUAAAUGUUGAUAACAAAUAGACAUUUAAAAAUCGU